AUCUCGGCAAGCUAAAUUAUCCCCGCAUAUUCAUCCCAGCUCCGCCCUCUUUAAAUACACCUUACCCCAGCGUAAGCUCACUCACGGUGAUAGUUUUCAUUGCUACCUUCUAUGUUAAGAAAAGUCGAAUUUUCGUACCAAAAGCCUUAUUAUUGUCCCUACAACGCACGUGUCCAUCAACUAAGCGUUUUAGCAACCUGCUCCAAGGUGUCUCUCCGGAGCAAUACAUCUUUCUAGGAAGGUCACUAAAUGCUAUUCGAGCAAGUUCACAUUGAUAUAUAGGUGCUUGGUGAGGCUUCUGCGGGCGUUCGGGGUGUAUAUAAGACACGAAGUUCCCACCUGAUUACAAUUACCUCCGUGGAAGUGUCUUUCUAGCAAUCCUCCUCUAGCGAAAGUGCCCCAGAAGCUUUUCUCUUAUAAAUACCGAAUAAGCUAGAUUAUAGUUAAGUCCUAGCCCUAGGUUUUAACUAUGAGGGUUUCACUUUCUCUUCUCUUUGCCACGUUGGUGACUUCUUCGGUUGCUAGUACCUUAGUAUUAGAUUAUUCCGAAAGCACCAUUCAAAAGCUUAAGGGCCGUCGAUCUGCAGCUAUAAAAGCGAGCACACAAAAACGGCAAGCAGCCGGAACUACGGAGAAUGAGUUUCUUGAGAGCGGAUGCCGGGAUGUUAUAUUCAUCUAUGCUCGUGGCAGCACCCAGGAUGGUAAUAUUGGAGACGACCCAGGUCCGCAAACUGUAGAUCAACUCAAAGCUGCAUUGGGUACAGAUGCUGUAGCAGCUCAGGGGGUCGACUACCCGGCGCUGUUAAUCGACAAUCUGAGAUCAGGUGGUUGCGACCCCGAAGAUGCUGACAAUAUGCGAGCGUUGAUAACGCAAGCGGCAACACAAUGUCCGUCGUCGAAACUAGUAGUCUCAGGUUAUAGCCAGGGGGCUGCACUUGUUCACCGAUCGAUCGAAUCUGCAUCAACGUCCGUUAAGAAUCAAAUCUUCGCAGCGGUGACUUACGGCGACACCCAAAAAGCGCAGGAUGGAGGGAAAAUCCCAAAUUUCGACGCGAGCAAGACCCUCAUCCUAUGUCACGACGGUGAUGAGGUUUGUGAAGGUACAUUAAUUGUAACCGACGCCCACCAUGAGUACCACGAUCUUGCCCCUGAUGCAGUGGAUUUCAUUGUUAGCAAGGUUUAGCGAUGUCGACUCUAUUUUAUAUUCGUUAAAUUUUAAUUUGUAUGAUGAUCGAAUACAGAUGAGCCUUAAACCCGCCUGUGUGGACACGUCCUCCAGUGCGUAUUGAAAUGGGUACGAUCAGAGAGGGUUGAAGUGUGGCCGCAAGGAAGGUAUGUGUAGUAAGCCUACAUCAUGCAUAAUAGAGAUUCAUACCCCCACAUAUCGGACUCUCGUGGUAGAUUACAGUCGUGAUUUAUGAAUAUAAGUCUUCAGCUAUUACAAUAUACGUUAUAGAGCCGC